GGCGGCGGCGGCGCUGAUGACCUCACGCGGCAACGCAGCAGCCGCGCAUGGGGGCGGCGGAGAUUGGCUGGCGCGGCGGGCGCAGCGGCACUUCAAAGCCUGCGAGGGAGCUACAAUUGUGGCGGGAUGGGCGGAACUGAUCAUUGUAUUGCACACCUCUAAAAAAACACGGCCUCUGAUUUAUCAAUAUAAAAAAGAUCCUCGCAGAGGAGGGCGCUUGGUGGGAUGGCAACUUCGCUGCUAGGGGUGAGUCUGAGGAUCCUUCCCCCCCCUCGCGCUCUUUUAAUUGGGUCCCUUUUUUUUUAGCGGCGAUCGGAGAGGGGUUAAGGCAGCCCCUCUGUUGAACGGGGGGCUAUCAGUCUCCCCCAUUGAGGCUUUUAUUUUUGCCUUUCUCUCUUAAGUGCGAGUCAGUUGGAGAGAAAAGAAAGAAGGGGGGAGGAGGAGGUGGGGAGAAGAGGGCAGUCACUUUUGUCCGCCUGCAGGAAAAGGUUUUCAGGGCAUUAGUAGGAGCAGCCUCCAGAGCUCGGGCUGAGCUGAUCCUGGAUCCCCGGAGAACCGGCCUCUCGGUGAUUUGCCGGAGGGGGAAAAAAGCAGCCGCUCCUUUCGGUUUUUUCUUUCCCCGGGAGAUUUUGUUUUCAAAAAAAAAAAAAAAUUGCAGCGGAGCUGGUUGUUGUUGGUUCCCCCUCCGGUGAGGUUUCUCUGAGCCCGUCCUUCCCUGCAGGAAGAACCUCGCCUGGGCUCCACUCCGCUGGCCAUGCUCGCCGCCACCUGCAACAAGAUCGGCAGCCCCAGCCCGUCGCCGUCGGCCCUGUCGGACAGCGCCUCGCCCUUCGCCAAAGGCUUCCACCCCUGGAAACGCUCCUCCUCCUCGGCCGGCAGUUGCAACGUGGUGGGUUCCAGCCUGGCCGGCGUCGGCGUCUCGGCCGCGGCCCGCAACGGCUCCUCGGCACACGCGGCGGCGGCGGCGGCUGCAGCUGCGGCUGCAGCCGCGCUGGUCUCGGACUCGUUCAGCUGCGGAGGCUCCCCGGGCUCCAGCGCCUUCUCACUCACGUCCAGCGGCGCCGCGGCCGCCUCGCCCUUCGCCAACGACUACUCGGUCUUCCAGGCGCCUGGGCCGUCGGGGGCAGGAGGAGGCGGCGGAGGAGGCGGAGGCGGCGGGGCGCAGGAGGCCCACCAGCCGGUCUUCCUCUCCAAGAUGCACACGUCGGUGGAGGGCCUGCAGGGCAUCUACCCGCGCGUGGGCAUGGCGCACCCCUACGAGUCGUGGUUCAAGCCCUCGCAUCCGGGCGAGACGGGCGCCUCCAGCUGGUGGGACGUGGGCGCCGGCUGGCUCGACGUGCAGAACCCCAACGGCGUCCACCCGGCGGCGGCCGGCGGCCUGCAGGCCGGCUCCUUGCACUCGCCGCUGGGCGCCUACAACUCGGAUUACUCGGGCCUGGCCGGCCAUUCGGCCUUCAGCAGCGGCGCCGCCUCAUCGCACCUGCUCAGCCCGGCCGGCCAGCACCUCAUGGACGGCUUUAAGCCGGUGCUGCCCGGCUCCUACCCGGACUCGGCGCCCUCGCCGCUGGCGGCCGGCGCCGGCGGCUCCAUGCUGGGCGGCGGGCCCUCGGCGCCUCUGGGCGGCUCUCCGCGCUCGUCGGCCCGCCGCUACUCGGGCCGCGCCACCUGCGACUGCCCCAACUGCCAGGAGGCCGAGCGGCUGGGGCCGGCGGGGGCCAGCCUGCGGCGCAAGGGCCUGCACAGCUGCCACAUCCCCGGCUGCGGCAAGGUGUACGGCAAGACGUCGCACCUGAAGGCGCACCUGCGCUGGCACACGGGCGAGCGGCCCUUCGUGUGCAACUGGCUCUUCUGCGGCAAGCGCUUCACCCGCUCGGACGAGCUGCAGCGCCACCUGCGCACCCACACCGGCGAGAAGCGCUUCGCCUGCCCCGUCUGCAACAAGCGCUUCAUGCGCAGCGACCACCUCAGCAAGCACGUCAAGACCCACAGCGGCGGCGGCGGCGGGCCAGGGGCGGGCGGGGGCAGCGGCGGCGGGACGGGCGGCGGCAAGAAGGGCGGCAGCGACACCGACAGCGAGCACAGCGCCCCCGGCAGCCCGCCCUGCCACUCCCCGGAGCUGCUCCAAGCCCCCGAGCCCGGCCACAGGAAUGGCCUGGAGUGAAGACGGGCGAGUGGGGUGGGGGGACUCGGGGGCGGGGGGGGGGUCGCCCGGCCUUUCCCCUCCGGCUGCUUGAAAGGGAAGCCUUCGGUCAUGCAAGGGGAGAGCUGGACAUGUCAGUCGGGCGCCUCGACGGGUGGACACCGAUGGCCCAACCGCACAUGGCCAGCCCGGGCCAGGAGGAAGAGGAGGAGAGGCGACUCCGAGAAAGCCGUGGCUUCCAGUACAGCUCUUUGCUCCAGAGGGCCCUCGCCGGCUUCCCCGAUCGAGUGGGGGGAGGGGGGUGGAGAGAAAUCCAGACUGGGACGGAGGCGAGCCCCAAGUGACUCCUGGAGCCGGAGGCACUUCCAAGCCGCAAAACGCCCAGCAACUCCCGCUGAAAGCACUUUGAAUCACACGGGGCGGGAGGCUGGUCAUCCGGACCCCCGAGGAAACCGCGCCGCAUUGGACACUCCAGUUCUGGCAACUGCUUAUAAAACGCAGCCCAUCGACUCGGGCUUCCUCAGGACGGCGCCGUCGAAGUUGGUGGGAUUACUCUGGAGUACGAGGGUGACGCCUGAAACCUUGUGGGGGUGUGUAUGUGCAUGUCUGGGUCUGAUUCCUGAUAGCCCUGUCCCCUAACCAGUUGCACACCGGAGCAGUCUAGCUUGGAACAUGUGAUCGGAAUCAAGUGGGCAUGAAAACGAACUGCCGAGUAGUGAGCUGAGAUCUGGGGAGGAGGGCGCUGGCGGUCUGCGGGGAUGGCUGAAACCUACUUCCAAAUGUAUCUGGGGUAUCCACCUCUCUUUGGAAGUCAGUCAAAAUUAAAAGUAAAACAUUGGGCGCAUUGGCAGCCCACCCUCAAAACGUUUAGUCUUAAGCAACUGGAUUUAAUCUAAGAGAACGCCCUUGAAAACUGAUCCCUCCUGCUUGAUUCUGUGCUGUUUACUAACAAGUCAGUCGCACUGAGUUCAGUUGCCUUAAUCUUGUGGCCCCUGACUUGCACCUAAAACGGGGGAUCAAACUUCCCGUAAACAGGCAGCAUGGCAGGCACUCAGUCGAGCUAUAUUUGUGUGAGGCUCGCUAGUUCAAAUGACUUAUGGAUUGAGUUAUAAAUCUGUUAAAUCCAAGGACGCUUUCAUAAUUGAUCGCAGCGUAAAUCACACUAAAAACUUCAGACUUCAAAAGUGCUGAGGGGGAGGGGAAGAAGGCUAAUUGCUCUGCCGAGACCCAAAGUUUUUUCUCUCUCCCCCCAGACGCAUAUUUACAUUUCUUCUUGCAAACAUGGAGGGCGAGCCAGCCACAUUUAAGGCCCUAUAAACCCCAGUCGUUUCCAUGGGAAGUGCUCGGCGUAUGCUUAACUUUAACAUCAACGGGACUUCACUUCUUGUGCCUGGAUCGAGCCCUCCUUGCGUUUGCUUUCAGGUCUCCCCGUCUUCUUUCCCUUUCUUAAAAGACCCAGAGAGAAAUAACCGAACCAAAAGUUGAGUAAGUUCAUUUCCCGAAAGUUUCUCCCCGGUUUCAAAAGGCUACAAGCCCAGCAGAACACGUGCAGAGUUCCAGAAUCUUCAUUCAUAGAAGCGCCCAGGGUUAAAAUUACGACCUGCAGCGUUGCUUUUCUCAUUUAAGGAAGAACCCCCCUUUUCCCCAGCGAGUUUGUAGUUUGAAUGCCAAAAAGGAGGGAGAGGGAAUAGGGACCAAUAUUAGUCAACAAAACUUCGGAACCGAAUGGUUUUAUACAACGGAAAUCGUUGUAAAAUAGCUCACGAUUCAAUCUAACUCCACCAGUGUGUCGGUGUGAGACGCAGUUGUCCAGGAGACGAUUUUGUAUAGUAUUUUUCUUGUAUAUUCCUCCCAGUAAAUAUUUGAAAAUAUAUUGAACUACACAUGAGCUUUUUUUCUCCCUUCUAUUUUUUCCCCCUUUUCGGUCACAAGAAAAAUAUGAAAGCGUUAUUGUUGCAGUUCUGAUUAACUGCAUUUUUUUUCACUUGUUCCUUGAAGUGUAUGCAAAUAGCACUUCGGGAUCUAGUUUUGCUUGAAUAUUAAUUUAGAUAGGCAUAAGACUGUAAUUAAGCAAACAAUAUUUGAUAAAUGUUGAAUGACAUUUAAUUUAAUGGCGCAUGUACUUAUUUGCAUUUGCUGGCAGUUCAGGUAUAGUUUAAGUGAGAGUUAUCCUAUAUUUCAAAACAGUGGGGCUCACCCAGACCCAUGUAUUAAAUAAACUGUCCAAGUGAAACUGACUAAUAAUGGCCUAUGUGUAUUUCCUGAAAAUAAUCCCGGUGAAUGUUAUUAAAACACUCCUGAUGCUACAUGAACGGUUUGCAGAUCUUGCAAACUAAAUAGUCUCAUUGUAAUGCUGAAAUAAUUUUGGAUAUUUCACAUUGAAAUGAAAAAAAAAAGCCUUUCGCUGGAACACUUUAACUUUGCAUUUUAAAUGCAUGAAAUGUAAUUGAUUUUUAUCUGUAAGAUUUUAAAAGGUAUUAAUAAAAGCCAGAUAAAAUAUG